AUUUUCACUGAUGUUUCGAUGUCUGUAGACUUAAAUUACACAAUUGAAAAUGCUAAAAUGUGAUAUUAUUAUACGAUAAUAAUACGUUCUUAGGCCGAAAUGAAAUUGGUUCACAAAAAUGUGGAAAAAAAUGGAGAAGGGAGUGUUUCCCUUAUUCCCGAAGAAUCGGAGGAUAUGUGGCAUGCUUUUAAUUUAAUAUCUGAAGGCGACUCCGUUCGAGCAUCAACGAUAAGAAAGGUUCAGAAUGAAUCCGCAACAGGUUCUUCCACCAGCAACAGAGUUCGCACGAUUUUAACAAUUAGAGUAGAAAAUAUAGAUUUUGAUACUCAAGCUUGCAUGCUGCGACUUAAAGGUCGAAACAUUGAAGAAAAUCAAUAUGUCAAGAUGGGUGCUUAUCAUACUUUAGAUUUAGAACUAAAUCGAAAAUUUUCACUUCAUAAACAAUUAUGGGAUUCAGUUGCAUUAGAACGUGUGGAUUGUGCGUGUGAUAUAACACAAACAGCCGAUGUUGCAGCUGUGGUUAUGCAGGAAGGAUUAGCACAUGUUUGUUUAAUUACAUCAAGUAUGACUCUUAUAAGAAGCAAAAUUGACCAAAAUAUACCUCGAAAAAGAAAAGGCUUUGUGUCGCAACAUGAAACGGGUUUAGCAAAGUUCUAUGAAUCAGUUAUGCAAGCUAUUUUACGUCAUGUGAAUUUUGAAAUUGUGAAAUGUAUCUUGAUAGCAUCUCCUGGAUUUGUGAAAGAGCAGUUCUUUGAUUAUAUGUUCCAGAAAGCUGUCAAAUCUGACAUCAAAGUAUUAUUGGAAAAUAAAUCAAAGUUUAUGUUAAUUCAUGCUUCUUCAGGAUUUAAACAUUCUCUUAAAGAAGUACUUCAAGACCCUUCUGUUUUAUCUAGAAUUUCAGACACAAAAGCUUCAAGUGAAGUCAGGGCUUUAGAGAGUUUUUAUACCAUGUUGCAAUGUGAACCUGAUAAAGCAUUUUAUGGUAAAAAAGAUGUGCUUAGAGCUGCUGAAGCUCAGGCUAUUGAAACCCUUAUGAUAUCUGAUAAUUUGUUCAGAUGCCAAGACGUAGCAGCCAGGAAGCUGUAUGUCGGCCUUGUUGAUAAUGUUCGCGACUUUGGCGGAGAAGUCAAAAUAUUUUCAAGCAUGCAUGUUUCUGGUGAACAAUUAGAUCAAUUGACUGGUGUAGCAGCAAUUUUGAGAUUUCCUAUGCCUGAACUAGAAGAUUCUGAAGAUGACGACAAUGAAUCGGAUAAACGGUGAUUCAUACAAGAAAUAUACAUAGUUAUAUUUGUAUGUAAUUGUAC